AUGGUCCCUCUAGGAAAUCGCAAUCGAUUGGCCACGCCGCGCAAGUCCAAUUUCGCCUUCCAGACGAACAAGAAGACUACGAAACCAAACGGAAGCAUCCUCACUUUCUUCCAGAAGACGGAAAAGCAAGAAGGCUCCCUGUUCGUGGGCACUCUUCCGCAGCCAAACUCUGGCGACGCUGUUGCCACCGAGAACGGCGCCGACCAAGAUCUGUACAGUCACAAUGACGAGACCACCGGCCCCGGAGAGCGGCAAUCCCCCAAAAAGAGACGGAGAGUCAGCGAAACUCUCCAUGUACCUGUUGCAGCUGAUUCCGCAGCACCUGUACAAACGUCAGCUGCGCAGCCGCCGAAAGCGAAGAAGAUUAUAUCUCCAUUUAUCAUGGACUCGGAUGACGAGGACGAUCCUAAUGUCGAGCCAACCGUCCCUUCUCCUCCCGUCAAAUCCCCCAGCGCACCACUUGCUGUGGACGACGACAAGGCCCCCGUCAAAGUGGCGCCCGUCGCCGGCGACAACAACCACGUGGUAGCGGACGAAGCGGACAGAAAAGAACCCCCAAGCCUCAAACAUGAGGAUACAAGUGGCAAUUUCGACGCCACCGAUGAAUUUGGAGACUUUGAGGACAUGGAGAUGGACAUGGAGUCCUUCGAAGGGGACGAAAUGCGCGAGUGGCGCUUUAUGAAGGAGCAAGCCCGUCUGGAAGCUGAAGAGUCGGGCGAUAUGACCCUAUUCCACGAGACUUUUGGGGAGGAUCCGUUCCAGGAGGACGGCACAGCACCAUCCUGCCCGAUUUGCUCCGCUAGCCUAGUGGCCGUAUCCGAGGACGAGGCGUCGAAGCAUGUCAAUGCUUGUCUUGACGGCAACCCAACUCCCCUGCCGAAGCCCGUUGAGCAGCCAGAACCUCCCACGGAAGUGGAAGAGGUGACCGCCGCAGAGGUCGGCAAGCGCUUCAUGCGAGCUGCUAUCCCGCGCCCCGGACAAGCCAAUCCCUUUGACUUGACGGGGCAACGCUCCAGCGGAAAGUCAGCAUUCUCUCAACUCAUGUCGAACAAUGCCGAGGACACGGCUUGGUCGACGGCAGCUGCCGCCGAGACUGCAUCACGAGGCAGGCCAGCGUACAUGAGAACAUGCCCCUUCUACAAGAUCAUGCCCGGGUUUUCGAUAUGUGUCGAUGCCUUUCGCUACGGGGCCGUCGAGGGCUGCAAGGCGUACUUCCUCAGUCACUUCCAUAGUGAUCACUACAUUGGCCUUACUGCCAACUGGACGCAUGGUCCGAUAUAUUGCAGCAAGGUCACGGGCAGUUUGGUGAGGAACCAGCUGCGCACGGCAGCGAAAUGGGUCGUUGAGCUGGACUUCGACAAGGAAUACGACGUCCCCGGCACGGACGGCGCAAAGGUGACCAUGAUACCAGCAAACCACUGCCCGGGGAGUUCCUUGUUAUUAUUUGAGAAGGUUGUGGGCGAGCGACACAACAAGAGCGUGAAGCGAAUUCUUCACUGUGGUGAUUUCAGAGCAUGCCCGGAUCAUGUUGAGCAUCCUCUGUUACGGCCUGAUGUAGCGGAUACUGUGACCGGCAAGCUCAAACGACAAAAGAUUGACAUAUGCUACCUUGACACCACAUAUCUCAACCCUCGAUACUCUUUUCCUCCGCAAAGCGACGUCAUUCAAGCAUGCGCUGAGAUGGUAACAAAAAUUUCGCCAGACCCGAACUGCAAGGACGACAUUUGGGACUCGGUCAAAAAGGACGCCGGCAAGGCUGUCAGCAAAUAUUUCCAAAACCCUUCAACAGCAGAGCCGGAGAAGCCUGAAACAAAAAAGAAGCUCGGUCAACGCCUGCUGAUUGUCUGCGGAACUUACUCCAUCGGAAAAGAACGCAUAUGUGUCGCCAUUGCCAAGGCAUUGCGCACAAAGAUUUUUGCCUCACCGUCGAAAAUCAAAAUCUGCAAGCAGCUCGGUGAUGCCGAGCUGACAUCCCUCCUGACGUCCAACCCGAUCGAGGCGCAAGUCCACAUGCAGAUGCUGAUGGAAAUCCGCGCCGAGACGCUGCAGGAAUAUCUCAACAGCUACAAGCCUCACUUUAGCCGGAUCGUAGGGUUCCGGCCUUCUGGCUGGAACUUUCGGCCGGUCAGCAGCAAGGCCGUGGGCGCGAACGCGGCGCCGUCGACGAUCCCGACGCAGCAGCUGCUGCACGGCCGGAGCUGGCGGACGCGCUUCGGUGUGGCGGACUUUGCGCCGCAGCGGGGCAGCACCAAGGAGGCCAUGUGCCUCGGCGUGCCGUACUCGGAGCACAGCAGCUUCCGGGAGCUGGCGCUGUUCCUGAUGAGCGUGCGGGUCGACAAGGUGAUCCCGACGGUGAACGUGGGCAGCGAACAGUCGAGGAGGCGGAUGAAGGCGUGGACUGAUAAGUGGCUGGCGGAGAGGCGAAAGGGCGGGCUGGUGCAGCCGCUGGUUGAAGGUCGUGAUGAUGCUGACAAUCUCAAGGUAGCGCUGUGGGAUGGGAAGUCGAGCAAUGGUGGCGGUGCUUGGUGGUGA